GUGGAGUUGGAGUCUCUGCUGUGGAGGUGCUCUGGCCCCAGCUCCUUGUUCUCAACAACACCAAAGAAAUGUUUCAGGGUCAGUGAGCUUGCUGGGGCAAGAGCUGACCCAGGAGUUCUGGUUUUCAGUAAAAUGUAUAAAUUAUUUUAGUAGCACAGCAGCUGUAGUGUAUCGACAGUAGUGUUUAUUGCUGGAGUUGAAUUCUUCAGCAAAUAAAGAAUUCUGUUGUGUUAAGGAUAUUUUUAAGGAAUGGCAUACAGCCUAUUAACAGCAGAGUUCAGUGAUAUUUAGAUUUAGACUUGUCAUAACCUGCAUGAGUGUGCAGUAGGUAUGAAAUCUGUCUGUGAAACCACACAGUGUCCUGGUACAGGUUUGGUUGUACAGACAGUCAGAGGGAAGGCAGCAGUGUAAGAGACUCUGGAAGAGAACAGCUGUUCAUUUUGCAUGAGCCUCUCAGCUGGGGACCAUUAAAACUGAAACGUUGGGGUGUAACUCAGGUGAAUGAAGUUAGAAUAAAGCUCAAUUUGUUUAAGUUCACUGAGGAACUGUGGGCUGAGGCUUAAGGUAAAAGUGCCUUUUUUUGUACCUUUUUGAAACAGUGGAAGAUAAAAACUGUUUCCUGUCAUCUUAGAGAACUAACGAAGAUCUGUUCUUUAGGACAGAGCAAUUCCAAAGAAGGAAAAGUGGUGCAGUAAGUUAGGAAAUGCAUAAGACAGAGCUGUCUUGAGUCUUUGCCAAGUACUGAUUCAGAGCCUGAUCCUGAGAUAGUUUUACCUCUGAUUGUGUUACAAACAAGAAACUAAAUUAGAAACUAUAAAAAAAGUGAUUUUUAAUUGCACAACUAGAAUUCCCUGCUAAACUGUGUGGACAAAUCUAUAUUAAGAUUAGAAGAUGAGCAUUAGAAUUUACUUUUUAAGAUUUUUUUAUAGUAGCAGGUCUGGACAUCCAAUGAAAGGUUUUCAAAAAGUUUUCACAUUUAAAACAAAGUGAAAACUUUGUUUAGCUGAAUGAUCACAAUUACUAUUUCUAACAUUUACAAAGAGGAAUAUUUUGAAAAUAGUACCUCAAAGCAGUGUAUAAUGGGCUGAGUGGAUAUUGAGCAAGAAGCCUAAUUUAGAGAAAUACUAAUAGCUGCAUUCUGAAAUACAGCCUGAGUGCUCUGAUGGGGAAAAGUGUCCCACAGCAUUAGGAUUACUCAUGAGUCUGAUCAUCUCCAGAUCUAUUUCUCUUUCAUUGUUGCUCACACCCAUUUUAAGAAGAUUGGGAGUCUCAUCCAAAAUGUUCAGCUUACAUUUCUUGGCGCUGAGCGAAUUCCAAACGUGGCAGCUGUGGUGCUGUUGCUUCCAAGAGUGGCAGGGCAGGCUCUGGCACACAGUUACUUAGCAACAGGGAAGCUCACGUUUGCUUACAGCUCCUGCGUGUGCAUCUAAAUGUAGUUGUGGAAAAAAAUAAAAGGUUAAAGGACUUUGGAAGGGGAAACAGACACUUGAACAAUUUGUACUGUUCAGUGGUUGAGACUGAUGGCAAUAGUACAUAGGACAAUUAGUCUCAAAAUAUUUUGUCUUUUAAAAUCUUUAUUAGACUGUUAAUAUGUUGCAAAAAUUUGCAAUCCAAAUGAACAGAACCCUACUCCUACCAACUACAGAAAGAUCAAAAAUAAAAAUACAGGAAAUGUUAAAGAGCAGGGGGACAUUCUGUUUUGAAUGCCUGUAUUGCAGAUGCAUUCUUUAGAAUCAAGAAGUUUCAUUAUUUGAACAUUGGGAAUCUGAGGAAGUCAUAAAAAUUAUGUUUUGUGAGACUAACAGAUGGAUUGAGACUAUAUUAGAUUAAUUAAUACUGAUUGUUGAUUGUUGCUUCUCAGUUCACCAGUGCUUUUUUUUGCUGAUCAAGCUGUGAAAUCUUAAUGGGUUUUUGACAGCUUACACUCUGUGACUGCAGCAAUACUCAAAAGCACAGUGACUUAAAAGGCCACUGUCAGCCUGUUCUGGGGUUGUAUUGUGAUUACAGUAAUCUCAGUUUCUGGGGAUUCAGGCCUGCAGUUUUCCUUUUCAGCCAGCCCUGGAGCUGCAGUGGGGUUUCCUUAUAUAGCAAAGGCAGGAAGGUGAUUGCAGCUCACUCAGACAUGAGGGGGAGGCAGGGACCAGAGAGAACAUGCCAGGAUUGGACAGGGUAGGAAAAAGACAAGCUGGAUUUGGCUAGGGAAUGGAGAAAGGUCUGAUGGUGGGAAUUAACAGUGAGUGUGGUCAGGCUGUUGGGGAGAAUGACCUGGAGACCUGCAGGACGUCACUGAAGGAGCAGUGCAUUGCUUCAGCAGUGGGAGCUGGAGGGGAGCAGGGCAGUUGGAGAGCAGGGAGAGUGACUGGAGAGGUGCUGCACUUACAGAGGAGUGAGGAUACUGCUAUUCCAGCUGCUCCCAGAGUUGGGCAGUUCCUUUAUAUCUAGAAAUUCAGUGGUUGGAAAAAGGAAUUCUCCAGAGGCUGUGUUCUUUUGUUCCUGUGCUUGGUCUUCCCCAUCUGUGCCCUUGUGAGUUUACUGGGCUUUUGUGUGGGCAACAGAUUCAGACAUGAUAUGGAAGAUGAACAAGAUCCCACCACCACUGGGAGUGGGAUUGAGAGUGUUAAUCCUUGUUUUUCAGAGCUGAGUCAAAAUGGGGAGACAUCUUGUGAAGGUUUUUGAGGGCUAGAAUGAACGUGGUUAGGGGACAGUGAUUUAAAAGACAGGGAGAAAAAAGUCAUCAAUCCAUGCUGCCAAAGUUAAAAUCCAGCUAAAAUAUUUACCUUUGAAUUUCAUAUUCAGUCUAGAAGAUUGUAUAAUUCUGAUUUCCACAUGUACAUUCAUGUGCUUCAUAUGUACUUUAUGGGAUUUACUAAUUUAAUGAUGUCUCUUCUAGUUAAUGGACCAUUAAAUGGGAGGCUGUAAUUACCACCUCUGUGGCUGCCUCAGAGUGGGCAAGAGGAUAUGUGUUAAAUCUUUAUAAAAAUGACAGGAUACAGAAUAGGAGCUUGAUAAAAAUCUCUCAUCCCAUGCAAGUGUCAGCCUGCUCAUCCCAUGUUGGGAAACGAGCCUGGUCUGCUCCUCUCCCUCCUGAAGUCUUUUUAGAAGGCAGGGAGAAGAAUGAGGCAAGUAAUUUUGUUUCCAGUUACCUCCUCAUGUUUUAAACUAACAGGCUGUUGAACAUGAAAUCUGUGCUGCAGCAACUUCGACCUUUUGUAAAGGUAAAAUGAGCAAAGUUUGUUUUUCCUUCUGCUGUUCAUUCCUUCAAUAGUGGAGACCAGAAGGAUCCAGGUGCUGUCAGGUUGACCUGUGUACCAAGGCUUGGGGUUUCACAGAAGGAGGAGACUGCUACCCAAAAAUUGGCCCCCACCCUUACAGAGAAGGCUUCAAUCUCUUCUCCUUUGGACCUUUGUUCUGACCACCAAAGCCAGGUUUGCUGUGUAAUGUGGUAGCUCUCCAUGCAAAAUCCUCUACAUCACCCACCCAUGUUUGCCAGGAGACAAAGUACAUACAGAGUCACUUUGUCUCUUAAUUUGGUUUUUUAUGGUGGUUGUAGCUAUUUUCAAGUCUUCCCUUGGUAAGUUGCCUUUUGUGAGUUUAUUCAGCUGCAGACAUUAUAUGCACUUGCUGUGGCAGCUGGAACAAAAGCAGAAUAUUGACAGAAUUAAAAUUUGCUGGCAGCUGUAUUUGUGCUUUGCAGGCAGGAUUCGUUGUAGUGCAAAUCUUUGUGGGCUAAUGAAGUUAAAGCAGGGCUUUAGAUAGUAUUCUUUUCAACAAAAGCAGCUUGCCUAAAGCUGUCCCUGCUAGUGUUUUCCUUCUGAAACAAUGACAGGGAAUGCUGCAGGUUUAAAAAUGGAAUAUAAUUUAUGAGGCAUCAAGCCUUGGGCAUGAGUCCUUGUGUAACUGGAAUUUAAAAUCUAAAAUGAAUAUUAAUGAGGUGGGGAGGGUUGCAGACCUGUCCUUUAAUACUAAUCCAUUGUGAGAGGAGCAGCUCUAGCAAUGAGCUGAUACUGGCACAGAGACAACCAGGCAUUGACUGCUCUUAGAAAAAUGCCUCAUCACUCAAAGUCUUCACAGACUCCUGAAUACUUGUCCUGAUCAGAUACAGAAGGGCACCUGAGCAUUCCUGGUGUCAGUUCCCUGCUGAUCCUGUGUGCAUUUCCCUGGGGACACUCCUUGCUGGCUUUCAGCUCCAGCCCGAGGUGUGGAUGGAAGCGUAAUGGAAGGGUAAGUCAGCAGGGCACUCUGGAAGUGCCUGUGGAAGAGAACUGGGAACUGAGGCUGAGGUUUAGGGCACAGUUAUGGUGACUUAGACUGGGUGACAUCAGUGUUAGAAGCUCCUUGCCUCUGAUUAUUAAUCACACAAAGUUUGUAAAUACUUAAAUCAUUUCAUAACUCUUAAGUGUGUGUAGAAGAAAUGUGCCAAGUGACUAAAGCUUCCCCUCAUUUUCAGGAAAGAAGGUACUUGUAUUAAUACUUUGUAUUAACCAUUUGAUCUAAAUAAUGUUUUUCAGAUUAUAAAUUCCCUGAAAAUGGGGUGCUUGUGGACCAGUGCACCUCCUCUUAAUUCACAGAGGCUGAUGCUGGGGAGAUGAGAGAGGUCACCUCAAAAAUGCUGAGUCCCUUUAUUUUACUUUGUAGUUAGGGCAGGAAUUGGCAAAUCUGUCAGCAGCUGGCUGGAGAAGCCAGUUAAAAUAAACCUCUCUACCUCUUGUCUUGGUCUGUGCUCCAAAUGCACUGAUGUGCUGCAUCCUCUCUUGUUUGAGAGAGGAGUUUUGGGGUGUAAGUAUAACAGAUUUGAAGAGUUCCUCUAAAAGCUGAAGUACUAACCUUGAUCUUGAUUUCAUUUGUUGGAUGUUAUAUGCAUGAGUUUUGGUCAAGUUCUGCAUUUAUUCUAUAAGUAAUUGGUGUCUUGUGACACCUUCAAAGCCUAUACUCAAAGUGAUCACUUGCCUGGUCUCUAGCUCAAGGGCAAGGCUCCGAGAUCUGUAUUUCCUGAUAUGUCCAAUCUAUUAGACUUUACCCAGGUACUAAAGAUAACAUAGUCCUGUGUCCAUUGUCACAGAAAUAUACAUUUAACUUUGUGAAAAGUGGAGUAUUUCCUUGUUGGGGAUUGAAAGUUACAUAGUUGCUACUAAAUCGAUGCCUUUUAAUACUCACAGAAUCACACAGUCCAGAACUAACAUUGUGAGAUUGGAGAUUAAACUGAGGGAAAGAGAAGCUCCAAAUUAAUUAUUUUUCAGAACCUAAAUGGAAAAAAUGCAGUCAGUGAAACUCAUCAUAAUAAUUAUAUUCUUAAUAUUAAUGAAUGCAAAUACUGCAGGAAGGUGUUGUUUUACACCAUGGUUCUGUAUUUAGAUCUGCUAAUGGAAGGUUGCAGGCUGAACAUUGCUCAUUCCAGGGUUCUUGCCAAAGUUUCUAAAGGAUUCUCUUUGUCAUGCAAGCUUUCCUCUGUGGCAUGGUGCUUGCAUGCUGUACAUGCCUCUGCUGCCACAUGAAGAAAUAGUGUCUCUUUACUAAAUCUAUAGUAACUGCAUGGUUAUUUGUGAUAUUGGAAGAAGUAACAAAUAUAUAAAAAUACUUCUUUCUCUCCCUUGGGUAUAAGGUCAUUGUUAAGCCCUGCACCUCUUGAGCAGUUCCAAUAUUUGUUCUUUUCUUAGGUACUGGAAUGGGGGUCUUUAAUUGCCAUAAUCAGUUACAGGGUAGUAAAAAAGCUGAAGGCCAUGUUCAAGAGCUUUGUGUCCAUGGGGAUGGUCACCUCUUCCUCUGAGAGUGGCUGGCUGCUGUUCCCAGUGCCAGGAAUGCUGCUGGAGCUGCUGCCACAAGGCCAGCAGCAUCCCUGCCCUGUCCCUGUGGGAUGGCUCAGCAGGGGCAGGGCUUUCACCAGUAUUCCUGUGCCACUGCAUGCACCAAGCUCAUGUGUCUUAAAAAUCCUGGGGCAGUUUGGACCUAGAAUUUAUAGUUUACUCCUGCCCUUUGAAGGCAGAAUGGUAACAAUAGGUCUUAAAGCUGUGAAAAUAUUCUAUGAGCUAGGAAAGGUUUAGCUCUGUUUUACAGGUGGAAAAGCCAAGGCACAGAGAUUGAGUUAGGCAUUGCACAGCGGUCUGGCAGAUGAGACUGGUCUCCUCUCUGGAGGUUUAAGUCCAGCAUGUGAGGCAGCCUCAGGUUCCUAUGUCCCUUUAGCAGUAGUUACACUACUAACAUCUCUAGAGCUGUGCUUAAGUCACCCCAGGCAACCCCUGUUCUGUACUUGUUUGUUAAAUAGCCUGAAAAACAUUCCCUGCCAGGCAUGGCCAUCUCCUCCCUGGCCUUUGCCCUGCAGGAGUUCCUCACUCACCUGAUUCUGGUUUUGUCUGUACUCACAUUGGUUUCAUUUCGUUUUUUAACAGCAUAUUUGUAACUUUGCUGUCCAAACCCAGCUGGAAACACACCACUUGUUGUUGCUGUGAGAGGGGCAGCCAGCUCUGUACCCCCACGUCUGGACCUGACAUCUCUUAGAUCAUAAUGCUAAAGGCCAAGGAUAAGUCUGAGGAGAGUGGUGCAAAGCCUAAGCAUGUGCUUAGUAACAGAGGAACCCAGACUGAAAGCAAGAAGCCUCUGGAAGAGACAAAAAAUGUGAAGAAGCUGGAUGAAAACAAGGGAGCAUGUGAGAAGGUGAACAUUUCCAGUGCUGUAGCCCACAAAGCUGACUCCAAACCCCAGCUCAAAGACAGGACAGCCCAGCAGCAAGGGGCAGAAGGUGCUGGCAAAACACAGAGCUCUAAGAGCUGUCCACAGCAAAAGGACAUCGAUGUCAAAGCUGUGAAUCAACACAAUGGUCUUCCCUUCAUACAUCAAGAUCCUGCAGGCAACCAGAGUGCUCCUGCUGAAGGCCAGAAGGGGGACAGAGCCCCAGGCCCUGCUGAGUGCCACAGGCAGCUCGUUCAUCAGAAGCCUGGCAAGAAUGAAAGCAAAGCUGCAGCGUCCCGGGAGGCUGCGCCCUCCACGUCCAGGGCCAUAUCUGACACGGGCUGUGAAGUGACACACACCAGGAUAUCCAUCAGUGUACAUAUGACCGACAUGAAAGAAAAGAUUGAGAUGGCCAAGGAGGGAAAUGUAAGUGACAGCAGAGGUAAAAGUUCCAAAGUGAAAUCCACACCAGCAGACUUGAAAGGAAUCAAACAGCAGCCUGACAAAUUAAAACUUCAACAGAGUACUAAAAACAUCAGCUGCAAGCCAGAUUCAGAAGUUAAAGGUGACAAUAAGCAAAAUGAACUUGCACCUCAAACAGGGAAGCAAAAGCCAUUCCUGAGCAAGCCCAAACCAGGUGAAAAAGCUGAAGAGAAAUCAGAAUUAAAAUGUGAGCCCAUAACCUCACAGAAUACCUCUGCAAAGGAGCCUGUGAAAGAUGCAGGGGUAAAAGUGAAAGUCCAUCAAGAAACAGCAAAAGCAGAAAAAUCUCCAGCAGAUACCAAGUCUGAGAGGAGGGGAUCUGAGACUGCAGGGGGAAGCAGACAUGAUGCUCAGCAGGGUACAGGAGAGGCACCAGAGAAAACCAAGUCUCUGGCAGCUGUCAGAGCUCUUCCCACUCAAGGAGAAAUCAUUGAUGACAGCCCCUCUCCUCCAGCCCCGUUCGAGCACCGCGUGGUGAGCGUCCGGCAAGCCGAGGUGACCGCCAGCUACUCCGUGUGCCGGCACCAGGUGCUGGGCGGGGGGCGUUUUGGGCAGGUCCACAAGUGCACGGAAAUAUCGACGGGGCUCAACCUGGCAGCCAAAAUCAUCAAAGUGAAAGGAGCCAAAGAGAAGGAGGAAGUAAAAAAUGAAAUUAACAUCAUGAACCAGUUAAAUCACGUGAAUCUGAUCCAGCUUUAUGAUGCUUUUGAAGCAAAAAAUAACAUCACUUUGAUAAUGGAAUAUCUUGAUGGUGGGGAAUUAUUUGACCGGAUCACAGAUGAAAAUUACCACCUGACAGAGCUGGAUGCCAUCCUGUUCACCAAGCAGAUCUGUGAAGGAGUCCACUACUUGCACCAGCAUUACAUUCUCCACUUAGAUCUGAAGCCUGAAAACAUCCUAUGUGUAAAUCACACAGGAAACCAGAUUAAAAUUAUUGACUUUGGAUUAGCAAGGAGGUACAAACCCUGUGAGAAGCUGAAGGUGAAUUUUGGGACUCCGGAGUUCCUGGCUCCCGAAGUGGUGAACUACGACUUUGUGUCCUUCCCCACGGACAUGUGGAGCGUGGGUGUGAUCACAUACAUGCUGCUUAGUGGCCUGUCCCCAUUCCUGGGAGAGACUGAUGCUGAGACCAUGAAUUAUGUAGUCAAUUGCAGCUGGGAUUUUGAUGCAGAAGCAUUUGAACAGCUCUCAGAGGACGCCAAAGACUUUAUUUCCAGACUGCUUGUGAAGGAGAAAAGCUGCCGGAUGAGCGCCACGCAGUGCCUGAAGCACCAGUGGCUCUCGGACCUGCCCGCCAAGGCCCAGCAGUGCAAGCUCCGCCUCAAGUCGCAGCUGCUGCUGCAGAGCUACAUGGCCCACAGGAAGUGGAAGAAACACUUUUAUGUGGUGGCUGCUGCUAACAGGCUGAAGAGAUUUCAGAGUAUGUCUGUCAAGCUUGCAUGAGCUUGUGUGAACCUCCUCCACUCCUGGAGAUGGACAUGAGGCCAUGGAAGGAGGACUCAGUGUCUCCAAACAUUUCUAUCCCUGUUUUGUAACCUAAGGUUUUGGGACUGUCUUCCUCAAUUAUUUUGUGUGUUAGUGCUGUGGUUCCAGAAGAACCUUAAGGAAGAAACACAGGAUUUCUAAAUGCAGAAGCUUUUUUUUUUGUUUGUUUGCUUUUACAAGUUUUUAGUUGUUCUAUAGAGUGGUGGAAAAACGUGGCUAUUACUGGGGCUGACUUCUUGCUGAAGGCUUUGGCUCUGCAGAGUAUUGUUGGUGUGUCUAUAGCAGAAAACCCCUGGCAGUUUUCUGGUCUCUCACACCAAGCAUGGGAUCUCUAAAGACUUUUUCCCUGACUGAUGUUUGUGAGUUACCAGCUUUAGAGAACUGCCACACAGUGGCACAACUUGUCCCUCAGGUGUUUGUUACUUAAACAAAAGACACAGACAUUGUUUUCUUCUUUAUUUCUUUCCAAAAGGUAAUUUUCCCACAACAUGAAGAUGCUUUAGUGCAACUCCACCUUGGGUGGUUUUGGUUUGUUGUUUUGGUUUUUUAUUAUUCUAUAAUCUCCUUUAAAAAAUAGUCACUGCAUAGUUGGGAACUGUGAGGAACCCUGGCUUUUGAGGUAACUUAAGUCAGUCCAUUGCUGCUGUUUCCUAGGGCAAGUUGAAUUGAGCUGAACUGACUGAACUUCUGGAAGACGUGUGAAACUGCCAUGCAUACAAAUCACCUAAUGACUGUUGGGUCUAUGCAAAAAGACCUCAUGUUGUACAGAAAAGAGGAGAGUUACAGAGAUUUUAUGUUUUUAAAACUUGUAAGUGCUUUUCAUUGUCCAUGACUGCAGCACUUACAUUGCUAAGUUCUAGUUUGAGGAUUUGUUUCUCCUCUGGAAAUUUUAAUGCAGUAUGAGAAGCUGGUAUGGUGUGACAUGCAAAACAGGUUUCAUUUCUGAUAGGUUCAGUGACAGGGAAACAGUGUGUUGCCAGACUCUGCCUUUAGUCCAGUUAGGAGGUUGAAGCCCUUUUUGCCUCUCUCAUUUAGCUCUUGAACAAUAAACUGCUUCUUCACAAUAUUAACUUAUUUUGGAUUUUAAACUCUUUUCUUAUGCAUAGAGUGAGAGCCACUUAGAAUCUCUCAGAUAAAAGUACAAUAUUAUUUAUUAAACCUGUGAUUUUCUGUUCUGGAUUUUGCAAAACUCAGUGUGAACUGGAUGGGCUCUUAGGAAAAAUGGAAACUAGUAUUACUGAAAGUAGCUUUCCAGCAAAGGCACCUGUGACGUUCCUUUGAACUUUAUGGACUUUGACACCCCUUGAAUUUGCAGAAGUGUUGGUUGCUAAUGAUGAGGUUUGUAAGACUGCAUUACUCUGGUCUAGCUAUUUUUUCCACUCAAGUGCUUCUCACUUUGCAUAGUCCUGACUUUAUUUGCAGCAUUUCCAGAAUUGGGACAGAGAAGAAUCUUGAUAAUUUAUCACCUUCUAUGAAGGCCCACUUUUGUUCAUGUUUUCCUUCCACAGUGUUUCUGCAUGCUGAAUGUCAUUGUAUUCAUUGCUCUGUAUAUUUCUGAAUUAAUACUAAUAAAUUUCAUGGAAGUGGAACAAGAA